UAGUUCGCGGCGGUGCUUUUGUCUUUGCGCGAACGACUCUCUCUCUUUCCCUCCCUCACGUUCCAGCUCAAGCCUCCCGUCUCCUGCUUGAAUCAGUGCCAUUUUUCUCAUUUCAGCGAUGCCGCUUAAUGCUUCGGAAGAUGUCCCUGCGGAGCUUUGGAUGGGCAUUUUUGAGUCAAUGAGCACUCCCGCCGACCUUUAUAGCGUCGUCCGUACUUGCAGGGCCUUCUACACAUAUGCUAUCCGACCACUCCAUCGGCAUCUUAUCUGGAAAGAUGCCCUUGAGGUCGCUCGCAACCUACCGUUGUGGGACGAUAAGCCGCAAAUGUGGACAAAUGUCGAGACACUGCGCCUUGAAGUAUCCACCAUGCCGGAAUAUCAAGGCGGUGUCUUCGUCAAUGUCAACGGAGAUGAGUACACCAUUGACCAUGUUCCCCAAAAUGGUCAAUUCUCGUUCACGUCCGCUCUGGAUCCUUUCUUCACGGUCGAUCGUAGCUAUGCUUCCCAAGAGCUAUAUGAUCGCAUCACCCACCGCAUUGCAACCUUCAGUCACCUCUCUGAGUUCACUUGCAAGCAUAUACUAAUUACAGACCGAUUCUUUUCUGUCAUUCAUACUCUUCCGGCUCUCCGUAAACUGCAUGUCGAAAACUGCAUCCUUCCAGCUCGAAAUGCCAUCGCUCAGCGGGACCACUCCGUUCUCCCUAUCACGGACCUCACAUUGUUGAACCUACGUCGUAGGGGCGCUCGGGUGGCUUUUGAACACAAUCAUGGUCAUGUCCAUGCUCAAGGCCAUGCUCAUAACCACAACCAGGACGAUGACGCUGUUCAUGUUCUCAACCUUGCACGAGCCCAAAAUCUUCGCACUCUCCGUGUUGACACGACAGCGGACGUCUUUGGCAGAGUGUUUUACGUCUUCGACCAGGUUGCUGGCGACUUCGUCUAUAACACUCCUGCCAAUUUGACGAAAUUGUAUAUCGAUCGCAGAAGGCUCGUUACUCAUGAACGCAGUUCAUACUUCCACAAUGAAGCAAACUUUCCGGAUAGGAACGUUUACGGCGUUAUCUCUCAUUGUCCGACUCUCCGUAUGAUUUCAAUUUCGCAGCCAUUCCCGCAGCACACCCCGUUUCCUUCUGCGUCCGUAGGCAACAUGACCUGUUUCGAAGGUCUACCGGAAGGAGUGCUUUUGGCCACCCAUGGCAAACAAAUGGAUGCUAUUAGCAUUUUGUGGAGCGACCUCCCUUCACCUAUCUUGGACACGCUCGCCCACAUCGCCAACCAGCAUCCGGCAUUGAAAAUGUUAGCAAUCGAGUGCGGAACUUGGGACGACGAAAUCAUCAUAGCGAUCUCCCAGCUUUUUAAGCAGCUUCGUCGUUUGAAGAUUACUUAUCAGCGAGGCGGGCCUCAGGAGGACACGGUGGUCUCUCUGGGACCGCAGUACCUUGCUCACUGCGAGAAUUUGCACACAUUCCAUCUUCUUGAAGCUCCCCACCCGAAGAAAGUAUUCUCUUACCUGACCGCUACUACAACCACUCAUCAUCACGGUGAUCUCUUCACAUCACCACCUGUGUCACCUCCCGUCUCUCCAGUAUUCCCAAGUGCCAGUUGUAGUCCUUACCUUUUUGACACCUCCUACGACUCAAUAGAACAGGAGAUGAGGGACCUGUUGAUUCCGUGGAACAGGUUUUGCCCAACGCUGAGGGAGGUGCAGCUCUGCCGGUCUUGGAAGAUGAAGAGAGCGUUUGAGGGAGACAACUGGAGAAUCGAGAAAGUCAAAGAGAGUGAGUACGAGGCGGCGGAGACCUUCAGCUUCUGAUUUGGGCUCGGUGGAGUGCCACGGACAGAUGAAUUGCGAGUGCGUUUACUCCCGGGUUGGACAUUUAUGUAUCUUUUGGUCUCCUAUUAUUCUGUGUACAACAGUGCCGCUCCUGUAUUUAUAUGUUAUCCAUAUGCAUCGUACCGGGUUUAUGGACUUGUCUAUGAAGACGACUGACGAUAUCCACAAG